AUGGAAGUAGGGAGGACGAAUUUAGGAGGUCUACAAUGGCAAGGUCGUUCUGCAAUGGCUGCAAGCAUCCGGCGUCUGCAAAGUCGAAGGUUUCUUGUCACACGAGCUUUAUCUAAGGUCUCCAAACAUGGUGUUCAUGGGCAGAAAGUUCUUGGAGAUUCGUUUCCAUCCACUAUUGAAACAGCCAUUCGCUCUGCUGCAGUACACAUAGCUAUCCUCUCCAAAGGCUAUGCAGAGUCCCCAUGGUGUUUGGAGGAGCUGGAUCUCAUGUUGCGGAGUAAAGCUAAGAUUAUUCCAUUGUUUUAUGGAGUGAAGCCUUCGGAUCUUCGUUACAUAGAAAGGGGAGUUUAUGGCAAAGCAUUCACUGAUUAG